GCGGCCGACGCCAGUACAGAGAGAGAGAUGCUGUAGAGCAGCUCAACCUUCAGCUCACAUUUCUUUACUUUACCUUAAUUUAUUCCUCUAGCCUCAACCAUGAAGACCAUACUUGCUGCAUAUUCCGGUGUCAAAAAGGGCUCGGGCUCCAGCAUCCUCUCUGCCUUACACGACCUGCCCACCGUCCCGUGGCUGACCCGAUCCAAAAUGGUGAAGCAUCUGCAGGUGAUCUCCGUGCUGCAGUUUAUCAUGACAUUUCUUACCAUGGGCAUUGCUUGCUCUUUGCUGCUGAUGUACAUGUUUUGCACAGACUUCUGGGUCAUUUCUGUGCUUUACGUUGCCUGGCUUAUCUAUGACUGGAACACCCCUGGACAAGGAGGCCGCAGAUCGACCUGGGUGAGAGACUGGACUGUGUGGAAAUACAUGAGAGACUAUUUUCCCAUAAGACUCAUCAAGACGCAUAACCUGCUUCCCAGCCGAAACUACAUUUUUGGCUACCACCCUCAUGGCAUCUUGUGUUUUGGGGCUUUUUGUAACUUCGGGACAGAAGCCACAGGAUUCACCAAGGUGUUCCCAGGAAUCAAGCCAUCUCUGGCCACAUUGGCUGGAAACUUUCGCUUGCCCAUGUUCAGGGAAUACCUGAUGUGCGGAGGAAUCUGCCCAGUAAACCGAAACUCUAUCGACUACCUCCUGUCCAGUAACGGCACAGGCAACGCUGUGGUCAUCGUGAUCGGAGGAGCUGCAGAAUCCCUGGACUGUGCACCAGGAAGAAACUCUGUCAUGCUGAAAAAACGCAAAGGCUUUGUGAAACUGGCUCUAAAGCAAGGUGCGGAUCUGGUGCCAGUUUACUCCUUUGGGGAGAAUGAGGUUUACAAACAGCUGAUUUUUGAAGAAGGGUCUUGGUGGCGUACUAUUCAGAGGAAACUUCAGAAGUUUUUAGGCUUUGCCCCUUGUUUGUUUCAUGGCUGUGGACUGUUUUUCCCAGAGUCCUGGGGUCUGGUGCCUUACUGCAAACCUAUCACUACAGUUGUUGGUGAACCUAUCACUGUGCCAAAGAUAGAGGAGCCGACUCAGGACGUCAUAGACAUGUACCACGCCAUGUACAUCAGGUCCCUAAAGUCUCUCUUUGACAAUUACAAGACCCGCUUCGGUCUGAAUGAGAGCGAUACCCUUAUCAUUCACUGAGGAAUGAUGAUAACUGUCCAAACGAACACUCUGGAAUAUCAUUCAGCCAACGUAAAUGCCCAUUCAGAGAAGGUGCUGUUUCUCUUCAUUCAAUACUGUAUAUCUACUGAAAUCCGCUGCAGUGAUUUCAGCUUACGAUACUUCUGCUACUUCUGCUGAUUUUUGCACAGACUGAUGCCAAAUAUUCACCUUUUUCUUACGCCCCAUGAUGCUUUGCAUGAAUUAUGGGAGGAUCUUCUGCUAAACUGUAAAUAAUCAGCUAUUUUUAAGUAUUUUCUUUUAUUUAAACCGUUUACAAUGAGGUGUCCUCACAUUACACCCAUUAAAUAGUAACCUUAUUAAACCACUUUCAGCAGACCACAAAUGACCCCAAAAACUCAACAG